UCUGGUUUGAGUUCUUGCCGUGAGCGGUCCUAUUUGUCUGCGAUUUUCCGAUACCCCAGCGAUACUUACCCGCAGUCAUCAACAGCAACAGCAGCGCAGCGAUCAAAAGGCGAUCGAAGCAGCAGGCGAAAUGGGAAGGACACUGGAAAUAACCGGGAGGCAGCAGGAGAAUGGACUCGAUAAGGGCCACGAAAAGGGCCAGGAGAAGGGUGUGGAGAAGGGCAGUGAUCCCGAGAACGGGGAUCCAGUGCGUAAACGUGGCCAUGAAACCAGCGAACUGGAGGCAGCCACCCAUCUUUUCAAGGGCAGCGUGGGCGCAGGACUCUUCGCCAUGGGCGAUUGCUUCAAAAACGGAGGAUUGGCCGGCGCCACCAUCCUGCUGCCCAUCAUUGCCGUGAUGUGCGUCCACUGCGAACGCAUGCUGAUCCGAGGAUCCGUUUUGGCCGUGGAACGGACACCGGGCGUGGACUUCCUCGACUAUCCGGAAACCGUGGAGAAGUGCUUCGAGCACGGACCACGCCCCCUCCGAAAAAUGUCACGGAUCAUGAAGCUCGUCGUCGAGAUGUUCCUCUGCGUCACCCAGUUCGGAUUCUGCGCCAUCUACUUUGUUUUCAUCACGGAGAACCUUCACCAGGUCCUUCAGCAGAAUGGAGUCGACAUCAGCAUGAGCAUGGUGAUGCUGAUCACCCUGCUCCCGGCCAUGAUCCCCUCGCUGAUGACCAACCUCAAGUACAUCUCCCCCGUGUCGCUGUUCGCCAAUGUGGCGCUCCUUUUCGGCCUGAUUGCCACCCUGACCAUUGCAUUCUCGGACGGACCGAUGCCGUCGCUCGGGGAGAGGCACCUCUUCACAGGAGGGGCCCAGUUGUCCCUGUUCUUCGGCACCGCCCUCUUCUCCUACGAGGGCAUCGCCCUGAUCCUGCCGCUCCGGAACUCGAUGCGCCGGCCGGAGAACUUCAGCACCCGGUUCGGAGUCCUCAACUCCACGAUGUUCUUCACCACGGCCCUGUUCAUCUUCACCGGAUUCGUUAGCUACGUUCGAUGGGGCGAGGAUGUCGCCGGCAGCAUAACGCUCAAUCUGGUGGUGGAGGAAGUAUUUUCGCAGGUGGUAAAAGUUGUAGCAGCCUUGGGCGUUUUCCUGGGCUAUCCCAUCCAAUUCUUUGUGAUGAUGAAGAUCCUGUGGCCCCCACUCAAACGGUCCAACAAUUGUGCUCAAAAAUAUCCCAUUACAAUGCAGGUGUGCCUACGUUUUGUAAUGGUAAUGAUGACAUUUGGCGUCGCGCUGGUCGUUCCCAAGCUAAAUCUGUUCAUCUCGCUGAUCGGCGCACUGUGCUCCACAUGUCUGGCCUUCGUUAUCCCGGUGCUGAUCGAUUUUGUGACGCGGGCGCCGGUGCCCAAGGGGCUGGGGGCGUGGUCGUACAUCAAGAACAUCCUCAUCCUGACGGUGGCCGUCCUGGGAAUCGUCACGGGCACCUACCAGAGCAUCGUGGAGAUUGUCAAGGAGUUUAAGUAGGCUUAAAUCGCUAGCAAGUAUUUUUUUUGUAAAUAAUGCUGUCAUUCCUGUUAAACUAUAUGUGAAUGCGUUGCCGUGCUCUAUUCUAAGCUUAAUUCCUAUGCCGUGUAUUUUUUUUCGACUUUUUUUGUUAAUAGUCUUAAGCUGUGCAUUUGUUAUGUAUCUAUAAAAAUGUUUAUUGGCAUUCUACAAAAAAAAAAGCAGAGGCAUAAAAGAAGAUGAUCUGCAACAUAAAACCAUUUUAAUAAAUGAUUACCCAUCUGUUUUAAACUGUUUCGGCGCCUUAGCUUGAAAUUAAUUAACGCUAAAAUAAUAUGUAAAAAAAAAUGUAUAUCAUCGAUUUUAUAAAUAUAGUGAGAUUUAUAUAAAGUAUUAAUUAGCUUUCAACAACAUCGCUACUAGCCAUUAAGUUUGCAUUAAAUGUGAAUAUGCGCUUUUGAAAGCGUACAAAUCUAUUAAAAACAAAUCCACAAUAAAUUAUUUUUAAUCCAAAAUUA